UCCAGUGUUUAUCUAGUAAUGAAAAGGAACAGUUGUUUUUAUUACUUCGCUACUACUACAAUUUUUAGUCGUGUUUCAGUGGUCAAGAUGUCCGUCCAAACCUUCCGGCAGGUGCUAGUUAUAACAGGUCUGGCUUUAUGCAGCAUCUCUGAUGGUUACAUUUUCGGUCAAACUUCGGGGAUGAUAGAUGCUCUACGUGGUAAUAGCACGAUGCAAUUAUCAGAAGAUGGUCUAUCUUGGAUAGCAUCAUCGAUCAACAUUACCUGCUUCUGCGGUUUUGCUGUGGUCGCUAUUGUGACGGAAAUACUGGGAAGAAGGAAAGCUUUAAUAUUAUUAAACAUACCCGUUCUAUGUUGCUGGAUCAUGGUGUAUUUUGCUCAAAAUAUAACAACACUGUUGUUCUCUCGAGUAAUUAUGGGAGUGUCAUAUGGUGGUGUCCUUAUGUUAACGUAUAUUUGCGUUGGCGAAUACGCAUCUCCGAACAUUAGGUCUCUGUGUUUAAAUUUAAUAGGUUGUGUUGGAACGCUUAUAGGUUCCUCCUUAGGGCAUAUCUUAAGUCUUCUAAUCCCUUGGAGAGAAGUUGCCCUUCUUGGCAUUAUACCUACUUGUCUUGCAAUUGUGAUUCCUUGCUUUUGGGUGGAGAGUCCGUUUUGGCUGGCAUCCAAAGGUAGAUUUGACGAAUGCACGGAUGCUUUCAAAGCACUUCAUAUAUCUACUGAUGUUACCAAAAAAGAACUAGCUUUAAUAAUUGCCAAUGAGAGACGAAACCAAACCAAAUAUUCAAGUAAUACCCAUGUUUUAAAAUUAAUUAUAACAAAGGUUUCGAUAGCAAUAAAGGAGAGAUAUUUUUGGAAAAUAAGUAUUUUAAAUACUGUCAUCAAUAUAUACCGCAUAGCUGGGGGACGAAUAUUGUUCACUACCUUAGCGUUGACUAUUUUGAAGGAUAUUACUGGUGACUCUAACAUUUUAAAGCACACAAUUCUGGUUGAUGGAUUUUGUAUCCUGGGGGCACUGAUAUCUUGUAUUCUAGUGAAGAAAUUUAAAAUGCGGAGUUUGCUAUUCAGUUCUGGAAUAUUGGCUAACAUAAUACUUAUAGUACUUGCUUCUGUUCUCUAUUACAGACCAGUUCAAGAUGAUAUUUAUGUUUGGAUUAAAGUAUCGUUGUUGGCAUUAUAUUUCAUUAUUAUGAUAGCUGGACCAUAUGCCGUAUUGGAAACCUUACUUAUUGAGAUAAACCCUUUGGAUAUUAAAGCUUUUUUUAUAUUUUUCUUCGGAGCUAUAAUUGGUGUUGCACAAUUUUUAGCGGUAAAACUUAUGACGAAUAUGGUCAAUUUGAUAGGGUACCAUGGAAUAUUCUUCUUAAAUGCCAUAAUAAUAUUUAUUUGCAUGACAUAUAUUUGGUAUUAUUUGCCAGAAACUAAGGGGAAAUCCUUAGAAGAAAUUCAAUGUUACUUUAAGAAUGAAAGCGUACUUGAAGGAGUUUAUGAAAAUUGUGAACAAUGUAAUGUCUUACUUGAUUCAGUGAAGAAGAAGUGUCCUCAUAUUAUUUAAUAAUGUAAUUAAUAACUAGUGUAUUUUAAAGUUAUUAGUAAUUAAUAAUAUUGUAUAAGAAUCUUGAAUAACAAUACCGAAAAUCUUUAUAAUAUUGAUAUUAUAAGUACGUAAUUGUUAUUGUGAUAUAUGAAAACUAUUAUAAA